AUGACUUCUCUCCAGGCUUUGGCAUUGCCACUAGCCCUUAACUUCCUCUCCCUAGUCCACGCCGUACCUGGUGGUCCAUGGAAAGGUUGGAGGGCCGGGAAGGGCUGCUGCAUUCCCCAUGGCGAUUCUCCAACCAUCAUCACUGAGGAUACCACCACCAUUAUCCCCCGUCAAUUCUCUUGCCUCUCAACCGGAACCCAGUCCACAAUCAACGCCCUCUUCUCCUCCGGCGGCGCCAACACCAUUGUCCGUCUCUGCCCCGGCGUAACCAUCCCCAUUACUGCCCCCGUUGUCUUCACAGCUCCCGGCCAGGAACUCUCCACCCAAGGUUACCCAACCGAUUCCACCCGAGCCACCAUCCUCAUCCAGCCAGGCAGCACCGUCACCUCUGCCAUCCGCGGUAACUGGCAAAACAACAUCAAGGUGCUGAACAUCCAGGUAGAUGGCAACCGGCCCAACGCUGGUUACUUGGGCGGCGAUGCCCUCCUGGAGAUGGGCGGCGGCACGGAAGGCCAGACGGUGAGCCACACAGUGGUCAAGAAUACUCGCAGCUGGAGCUGUGUGCACUUCAUCGGCAGCGGGCAGGACAACAAUCCGUGUCGGCAGGCGACGGUGACCUUCAACGAGGUUGGUCCGUGCGGACAUGAGGGUGUCGAUUCGGCCACAGGGAAUGGGUUGUGGGCGGAUGGAUUGAGUAUCGAGUGUAAAGAUACCACGGUGACUGAUAAUACUAUCACAGGCGCAACAGACGGCGGCAUAGUAAUCUUCGGGUCUCCCGGCUCUCACAUCCUCCGCAACACCAUUGUCUCCUCUUCCUCCUCCGGUCUCCAAUUCGGGGGCAUCAAUAUGGUCGACCCAACCUGGGGCGCCAACUACUCGGGCGUCGUCGUCUCCGAUAACACCAUCACCGGCGGGCCAGGCUCCUUCAUCAACCUCGGAAUCGGCAUGGGUUCGCAAGUCUGGAGCAACCCGCACCCGGAAACCAACUUUGGGCAAGUAACCGUCACCAACAAUGUGUUUACAGGCAACGUCGGUUUUUCCAUCGUCAUGAACGGUUGGUUGGGCGGUCUCACUGUCACUGGGAAUAGUGUCAGCGGUGUUACUACCCCUUCAUCGUCGUUUGCGUCAGCGGCAGGGUGUGGAAGCGUGCAGCAGGCCGAAUUUGCAGCGUCCCAUCAGCUGGUGUACUACCCUGCUGGCGUGAUGGGCAGUUCGGGGCCGAAUAACAUCCAGAGUCAGUUCACUGCACUGGCGACGAAUGCGUCCAACUGGCUUUGCUUGACGGAUCCGCUGCCGCCGUUGCCAGAUAGCAAGUCCUUUGCUCCGAACACCUUGUCUGUUGAUGCAUCUACUUCGCGGGUGGUCUCGCUGAGGGAUUUUCAUAUUCAGGUGCAAGGUGAUGGGAAUGUGGUGGGCAUUGAUACCACGGGCGGGGUGUGGACGGUUAAGUGGGCUAGCAGUCGGUAUUCGUCGGCUUGUGGCACCAAUGGAGCGCAGUGUUUCCUUGCCUUUGGGAUCGAUGGUAACUUUGUCAUGUAUGAUGGGAACGGGCCGCUUUGGGCGUCGGGGACGGAUGGAAGAGGACAGUUGUUGACGUUUUCCAGGGAGGCACCGUGGGUAACUGUCAGUGGGAAUAAUGGGCAGACUUUGUGGACUAUUGGAAACUUGUAG